CACCGCACAUCUUAUUAUCCCAUCACCAGAUCAUCAUCAUUGGAAGACAGCAGGCGCAUUCUCCACAUCAUCAACCGCCGCGAUGGAUACGAUCAACGACGAAAAUGCCCCCCCUGACUGCAACAUCAAUACCAAAAACACCACCACUUCCAAUGCUGGUCAUGAAGUGAAGUCUUUAAAGAGGCUGAGUGACCCUCUGUCUGUCCGCACUGACAACAGGCUCACCUCGACUACCAACGAAACCCAGCAGCCUUCUGAGAUCAUCAAGCAAGAAGAGCACGAAUCUCUUUCGAGCCCCGCGAAGAGCGACAACGACGUGAUUGGAGACGAUGACGCCAAUUUGACUGAGAUGUACUCGAUUGACGGAGACUUCGACGACGAGCAAGGGGACGGCUUUGACGAUGACUUUACGUACGACGAGGACGACGACAUUCCACUCGAGGAGGACCCCUUCUUCGGCAAUGUUCAAGCCGAGACUUGCCCCGGUCAGCCUACUCAGGAGCGACUGGAUUUCAUCGCCAGAGCUGUGGAGGAAGAUAAGGCUAAGGAAGCUGCUUGCGGAAUCCCCCUUCCCGAGUCUCCUGGCGAUCUUCUCGCUCUGGAGUCUCCCGGCGAGCAUGCGCAGUCGUCGCGUGAUGCCCCUCUUGUACCCUUCCAACCACCUCACCCCCUUCUCAACGAGCAGAUUCACAACGCAAUCGAGAUGGUUCUCGAAGUCAGAUCAUCUUAUGGUGGCGAUGUCUUCUUGGUCAUCCAGCCAAUUGAGCCCCUGUACGAGAUGAAGUUGAAGUUCAUCCAGGCCGUGGGCUUAGAUGUCCAGCCCGGAGCUCUACAAUUCUUCUACAAUGAUCUUCUCAUCGAGGACGACCACACUGCCAAGAAGGUCCGUAGUCCUUUGGGUCAUCACUCCAGGCAACUUGCUGACGUGAUACAGAUUGGGCUUACUUCCGAGUCACUCAUUCACUGUCAGAAGGUCGGAGCGAUGCGCUACGACGUUCUCAUGCCGAAGACCUUGUGGUAGACUCCCUAAGUCGGGCAUGUCAAGGCUUGUAUACUCUCGGCGCCGGUUGGGUGGACUACAGGUGUUGGAGAGGUCGACGUGUGGUUCCGUACGCCACGCUCACCACAAGCUGUCAUGUUGACAUGCAGAUCUGGUUGGCGUUUGUCCGCAAGUGUCAACCUUCGAUUUUGUCAAUGCUCUGCAGUGGCUCGUUGAAGAGUUGAUCUUGAAAGUGU